AUGAAACAAUCUAUUCCUUUAAUUUAAGAGAAUUCACCUUAGAACAUAAAUUUUUUUUUUAAAAACAAUUGCAGAAUAAAAACAAUUUGUCUCAUUUAAAAAGAAGAAAACAAUCGAAAGUCUCACAAAUUUAGUCUCUUUUAUUUAUUUUAGAUCAAAACAUUGAAUAAAAUUGAUAUUUUAAGAGGAGGAGGAUGCUGCCCAAGUUGCUCAAACUGUCCAGAAAGUAUUAAUAAUACAUCAAAAAAGUGUGGUCAAAGUGA